AUGAAUGCCAAAAAUAUAUUAUAUUGUGGAAUUUGUAGUUUCCCUCCAGAAUAUUGCGAAUUCGGAUUAAGUUUUAAUAGAUGUAAGCAAUGGUUGAGUGAGAACAAUAGUGAAUUAUUCAAUCAAUUAUACAGUGAUGAAGCUUUAGCUAAUGCUACUUCAACUUUAAGUUUAGAGAAGGAAGAAAAAAUAUCAAAAGAUUUAUUGAAAAAACAACAAAAAGAAGAAGCAAGAGUCGAAAGAGAAUUGGCUAAGAAGUUACAAAGUAAAGUUACUAUCAAAAGAAUUGAAAGAAAUAAACGUAAACAUAUAAUAUCAAUCACAGGUUUAGAAGUUUUCGAUAUCGAAUUGAAGAAAUUAAGUAAAACUUUUUCAUCAAAAUUUGCUACUGGUUGUUCAAUAUCUAAAACUGCUGAUAAGAAAGAUGAGAUCUUAGUUCAAGGGGAUUUAAGUGAUGAAGCUAAAGUUUUCAUUGAAAACUUAUUGAAGGAAAAAGGUUUAAAUGAAGUGAAAGUUGAACAAAUUGAUGAUAAGAAAAUUAAGAAGAAAGCUGCUGCCACUGGUGCUCCUGCUUAG